GGUGACAACUCUUGCUGAAAAGCUAAUAGUGUACAAAGCGUGUAUCAACAACCAAAACACUGAAUAAAAGACUAGCGGCAACAAAUGAAUUUCAUUAGUAAUACUGAAACUACAUUUUCGGAAAAUAAACCGUUAUGUCAGCCUGGCAUUAUACAUUUAACAUUAGGCGGCGACGAAUGGAGUCUUAUUCAAGAAUAACAAAUAUAUUUACUUUCGAGACACCUUCCCUAUAAGUUCGAAUAUGUCUAUAUGUAGAUAUAGAUAUUUCUAUGCAUGUGCGUCUAUUAUCCAAUAUGUUAAGUAACAAUUAACUCAUGCUAAUUACAGGUAAGUUGGAUUUCCAAUGAUUGAGAGCAGUUAUUGAACUGUACCUCAUGUAUAUAUAUAUAAAAAAAGCUAAUUUAUAAAAAUAAUUACCUGUUAGGAUUUAGCAGACGCAGAGUAAAGUGAAUAUUUGGAGACUGAAAGAUUUUAUGAGAAAUAACAUAUACAAAUUAGUAUUAUUUAAUUUGUCUUUAGUCUUAAAAUGUUUACAGACCAUCAGCUGGUUUCUCGUUGAUUACAAGAUGGCAGGAGCUUAAAUAUUAUCAUCCGUUGUUUACAUAGUAUGUCGUAAAUAGAGAGAGUAGGAUAAUUCCCAAUAAACACUACUUUCUGCCAUCGUGUUCCUGAGAAACAUUUAAGAGUCCAGGAGAGGCAGAUACUUUCCUUACAUUACAUAGAUACUGCCAUAUUGCGUCGGCAAGAAAAUAAAAUGGAAUUCCCCACCCCCCCAUCGAAUUUAUUCAUGAGAAAUAGCUACAAAUCUUACUAAUUCCUAAGUCACUUAAAAUGCAAGGAAGGAAGACACAAACCGAGCAACUUUAAUUUUACAUCUUAAAACAUUAUCACGAAAAUGCUUCAGAUUUUCAGGUGCCCUUCUUCACCGUUUCUUUGUUCACCAACUGUUGUUCAAAUCAAAAAAUAUGGAAAUGUUUUUAAUGAAAACCUUUUGCUCGAUAUCACUAAACAAUUCAAGGAUUCUAAAUUAUCCGUCUACACACUCUAAGAAUAAUUCUAGAAACAGUCAACUUGUUUGAUUUAUAUAUUCUUUACUAAUGAAACAGAAAUCGAAACAGAAACAAUAACAAAGUCGAUGAAAGAAUUUAACGCGUGAGAAAAAGACAUCAAAUUAUUCUCAAAAUGCUGCAAACUACUUGGAUAGCUCUUCUUCUUGGUUUCUGGUCAUCUCUUUAUCUAAUCGAUGCAUUUUUUAAGAGUUACCAUUUGACUGCAUUACAUUAUCUUCGUCUAUUGGAAGAGACAGGUAUUUCCAUUUCCAUCGGUCAGCUACGCUGGUACACAACAUGUUUCAAUCGACUAUUUCUCCGUCUCGGUCAGUUCAAGCCUCUCUUCAUGCAUAUGUGGUUUUCAUUUGGUGUUGCUUUUGGUUUGAUUUCCAUGGUGAUAUCUUUGUUUGUUCUCACUCUGAUGGUUUUCAACACUUUAAGUCAACAGCCUGUCGACCAGCAAGUAUUAACACCAGUGAUGCCAGGUGUGAACUUACCUACAAGCCAGAUGUCAUACUAUUUACUGACUCUUUUAAUUUGUGGAAUUCUUCAUGAAUUUGGUCAUGCUCUUGCAGCUGUCAGGGAACAAGUCCAUGUGAACGGUUUUGGAUUUUUCAUCUUGAUACUGUAUCCAGGAGCCUUUGUUGAGAUGUCCACUGAGCAUCUGAAAGUGAUAGCACCAAUUCGACAACUGCGAAUAUACUGUGCUGGUGUCUGGCACAACUUCAUUAUUGUACUUGCGGCAUUGCUGGUUUUACUGCUGUUGCCUACAUGUCUGUUGCCAUUCUACACGAUUGGAAACUCAGUGGUGGUCAGCUAUGUAGUACAAGGCUCUGCUGUAUCUGGUCCAAGGGGACUGGUUGUAGGGGACCCAAUUACAAGCAUCAGUGGUUGCCGUGUGACUAGCAUUGAUGACUGGUAUACUUGUAUUGCUGUAAGCAUCAAAGAGGGCAAUCUCGGUAACUGCAUGGCUCUGAACGUUAUCCAGGACCUUGAUACAAGUAUGGCUGCUGCUUUUAUGAAGAAAAAUAUGACUAAAACAUCACCAUUAAAUCAACCAAAAGACUGUUGCAACCAAACCAGUAACACUCAUCUUUGUUUCAUGUAUCAUGUUAAAAGUUUACCCAAGACUAAGUUUGCUUGUCUACCAGCUAGAACCACAACAGAUCGUCCAAGUUGUAAAUUUCGAAGUGACUGUUAUACUCCAAAAGUAGAGACAACUUGUGUAUACCCUGCAUUAGAUAAUAAAACCCGACUUCUUCGAAUCAUUCAUGGUCAUAAACCACCAUUGCUUUUCCUUGGAGAUCCUCUAGACCUUCAUUAUUCCGUUGCUGUCAGCAAUUAUGUUCCAAACAAUUCCUUCAUACCCAUCAGUUUACCAUAUAUCAUUGAAACAUUCUGCAAAUACUUGAUCUCUUUAUCUGGUGCUUUGGUUAUCAUCAAUGUGAUUCCAUGCUAUGCCCUUGAUGGACAGUGGAUAUGCCGUGCUUUUAUUGAGUUUUGUCUUCGACCAAUCAUUCCUAAUGUUGAAGUGCGAAACACCAUCUAUUCUGUCAUUCUGAUAUAUGGCACAAUAAUAUUGUUGGCGAAUGUCUUCAUUGCCAUGUGGACUUUGUUUUCAUGAUACCUAUAAGGAUCAUUUGUGUGGGAGAAGUUUACACUGUAAAGGUUACUUUUAUAUAUGUGUCAGUGAUAUACCUUGGAUAUCAAAAUAGGAUGUAUAAAAAAAAUUAUAAAGUAAACUCAAACAAUGUUUUAUAAAAAUAAAUGCAUAUGUUUAUAUUAUUGUUAUAAAUAGUACAGGAAAUGUAAAAUAUGUCUACUCUAUCUCUCUUUUAGUGAUGCAAAAUUUUUAUUCUCUGCCCUGUCGUUUUCAUUCUCCUCCACUAAGUAUAUCUAACUGCCUCUCAAAACUAAUUUUAUUACAUCCGUUUUUUUUAGUCUGCUCUUGAAGCUGAGAAGUUAGAAUUUUUUAUCAAUGGUUCUAAAGCAAAGUAAGCAUCUUAGGCAAGCUAUUAGGAUAUUAAGUACAUGGCCUCUUAUUUAUAGUUAAUAUAUCAUACUGGUCAAGGUAGGAGUUGCGUGAAAAGAUAAUCACAUGCACAAUUAUAUGGCAAUACAGUUUCUUCCAGUUAUUGGUUGCUGCAAUAGUUAAUUGUCCGAAAUACAUUUAAACACUUUCUGCAUAUACAAAAAGAAAUAUUCCUGUUUAUUUCAUUUAGUAGUUUACUAUUGCAUUGAAUGUUUCUUGAGAUUAUCUAAGGCAAUGAAAAGGUAUUUUACUGAACAGAGCCUUAUUUACUUUUAAGGUAGUUUUAUUCUACUUUUAUCCAGUAUAAACUGUGCUAUGAUAUCAAAAGGAAUCUGCAUUCAUGCUAUUUAUAGUUCCUUUCCACAUAAAUCCAAACCACCUCACCUGACCAUAUGUGCCUCCAUGCUGGGUUAUAGACAGACUAAGAUUAUUUGCUGUCAUGAAGUGUAUCAACUUAAUGUAUAAUCCAUCUUCCGAUUUCUUAAAUAAAAUACAUAUAUUGAU